AUGGCUGAAGCAGGCAAUUGGUGCCUAAUUGAAUCCGACCCUGGCGUUUUCACCGAAUUAGUCCGAGGUUUCGGUGUUACUGGUGCACAAAUUGAAGAACUUUACAGUCUCGAAUCAGAACAGUUUAGUCAAUUAAAGCCUGUUCAUGGUCUAAUCUUCUUGUUUAAAUGGCGUCCAGGUGAACAACCAAGUGGAACUGUUAGCAACAAUGAAAAAAUUUUUUUUGCUGGACAAAUAAUUCAAAAUGCUUGUGCAACAAUAGCGAUAAUAAAUUUAUUACUUAAUUUGCCUUCUGAUUCGGGAAUUAAAUUGGGAAAAAUAUUAGAAGAUUUUCAAAAUUUUACUCAGGACUUCGAUCAAAUGCAUCGCGGUCUCUGUUUAACUUCAUGUGAAGCAAUCCGAGAUGUCCAUAAUAGUUUCGCUAGGCAACAUCUUUUUGAGCUUGAUAUAAAAUCAACAAGCAAAGAUGACGAUUAUCAUUUUGUAACAUAUAUGCCAAUAGAUGGACAUAUCUAUGAAUUGGACGGUUUGAGGCAAGGACCAAUUGAUUUAGGUGCAAUUAAUGAGGGUGAAGAUUGGAUUGAUACUGUACGGCCUAUUAUUAGUAACAGAAUACAAAGAUACAGUGAGAAUGAGAUUCAUUUCAAUUUAUUAGCUGUGAUUAGUGAUCGAAAAAUGAAAUAUGAAAAACGACUUCAAGAAUUAUUGGAGUUUGGUAUGGAAUCAGAAGAAAAUGCGAAAGAAAUAGUAGAAUUAGAAACAAAUAUUGCUAUGGAGGAAGAAAAAAGUAGAAAAUAUAAAAUUGAAAAUAUCCGACGUCGGCAUAAUUAUAUGCCUUUUAUUGUAGAAUUAUUGAAAAUAUUAGCAAAAGAAAAUAAACUAGUACAUCUUGUUGAACAGACAAAAUUAUUAGACAAAUCGGAACAGCGUGAAGCAUUAGAAACCAUAAAAUAA